AUGAACUGUGUUUGUCACCUGGUCCUGAUGGUGCUGAGCCUCUGGCCAGAUAGAGCCAUUGCCCCUGGGCCACCAUCUGGCUCUCCUCGAGUCUCUUCAGACCCUCGUGCGGAUCUGGACAGCGCUGUCCUCCUGACCGAUCCCUUCUGGCAGACACUCGGCAAACUAGCGGCACAGAUGAGAGACAAAUUCCCAGCGGACGGAGACCACAAUCUGGACUCCCUACCUACCUUGGCCAUGAGCGCUGGGACACUGGGAUCUUUGCAGCUUCCAGGUGUGCUGACAAGGCUUCGAGUAGAUUUGAUGUCCUACCUCCGGCAUGUACAGUGGCUGCGCAGAGCAGGUGGUCCGUCCCUGAAGAUUCUGGAGCCAGAGCUGGGUGCCCUGCAAGCCCGGCUGGACCGGCUACUUCGCCGUCUACAGCUCUUGACAUCUCGCUUGGCUUUGCCCCAGGCAACCCCAGACCAACCUACGGUCCCCUUGGGCCCUCCUGCUUCAGCCUGGGGAAGCAUCAGAGCUGCUCAUGCCAUCUUAGGAGGCUUGCACCUGACCUUGGACUGGGCUGUGCGAGGUCUGCUGUUGCUCAAGACUCGGCUGUGACUCAAGACUGAAAGCCACCACCGAUAUCAUCUUUUAAAGCCACAUUUUUAUUUAUUUAUUUAUUUUGUUACUUGGAGCGGGGGUGGGGGGGCUGAUCAUCAGGGGCAUGCCACACCCCACACAAGCCGACA